ACAAUAUGAGAACAAGGUUGAACAGCAAGGCAGCUACCAUUUGCUCUGCUCUCUGGAGGAAUAACUGCAACUCAAGCUUUCACCAAACAGAGGACAAAGCUUGAGUAACUCUGAAAACACAGACACGCACGAGGGCUGAGAGAAGAAUUCAAGAUCUAAAGAGAAGGAGUACAAGUUAAGACUUUGAAGGAAACUUGUUUGGCAGGAUUUUUGUGUUUGUGUGUAAGGUGAGACUUGAUGUGUGAAGUGAUUUCCUUCUCAGUAUAGAAAAGAAAACUCUGCUCCAUGCAUGUAGGGCAGAUUUAAUUUUUUUCUUGUGUGUGAUAUCAACAGAUUUUUUUUCACAAAUGAAUGGGAUGAUCAGAAUGGCGAACUCUACUCAGUACCAGCUCAUUGAGGACUGUGAAGCCACACACAAGGCACUGUAUAAGUUUUAUGCAGCUGUCAUGAUUGUGAUUUUCAUCCUGGCUUUGCCCCUGAAUGCAUCGGUCCUCCAUCUCUUCAUAUUCAAGCUGAAGUUCUGGAAAUCAAACACCAACAACGUCUUCCUUUUCAACCUGGUGCUGGCUGACAUCCUCCUGCUCUUCUGCUUGCCCAUAAAGGCGUACAACUUCAUCCAUGGAGAGCGGAGAAGCGGGAACGACACUGUGUGUAAAGCCAUGCUCUUCAUGUUGUUUCUGAACCGCGGAGCCAGUAUCGCCUUCCUCACGGUGACCUCGAUAGAUCGGUAUUUUAACGUGGUGCACCCGGGUAGGAAGAAUCUCCUGCGAGCCCUUAAGAAAUCCCCACAGAUCUCAAUCCUGAUCUGGCUGCUUCUACUGCCCCUCACCAUUCCUACUAUGCUCAAGAACUUUGACUGCUGCAACAGCCACAAGAACGAUGGCGCCAAAGACGACGCUUUGAUCAAGGUAAAAUUUUCUCCAUGUGUGAUUUGUGCAAACUUUGACAAUGCAUAACUUGGAUUCCUCAAAUCUGUGCAUACUGUGAUUGAGAUCAGACUUGACAAAGCAGUCAACAAACAAUUCAGCCUGGAAAAUUUUACUCCACUCCAACUGUGACCAUGUGGAAACUAAAUUGCUGAGCUUGCACAUUUUAGUGUCACUAUUGACAUCAAAAGCUGCAUCACUCUCUCUUACGCAAUCCACAAUUCUCACGAAAAAGAAGAACUUAUUUGUUACUCAGCAUUUAGUAAUAAGGAGAUUACAAAGAUGUGGAAAUUAACUGGCUCGAUGUGUGCGAUAAAGAGCCCGACAAGUAUGAUGACAGAUGAAGAAUGUGGCGAGGACAGAGCAGCCACUGGAAGUUGUCACAUCCCAGGCUGCCACUCCGAAAGACUGUUUACAGAGCUAUUUUUGACCUGGCAGAGAACAAAGUAUCACUAAAUUUAAGAAGUGUCGAACCUGGAGUUUGUCAAACUGCACCACUCAUGACAGAGCCACAGUUUGGUACAGAAAUAGUAUGCUGCAAGCAAAAUACCGAUAUUUUCCAAACAGUCUUUUGGUGGUUUUUGCAUCAAAGUGAAGCUAAAAUAGGACUUCACGAAAAAAGAAAACUACCUUAGGGUGAGACCUAAGACACUCCUGGAGGUGUAUUUCCCCUAUCACUGUGAAUUUUUUUUCCACAAAUAGAAACAUGUCUGUUGUUUUCAUGCUAAUAGUGUUGAUUUCAUAUGAUUGUUCAUUGUAUUUGACAGUGAAAUAUUGCACUUUUUUACUCCUAUGUGUUUGACAGUUGUAGUCAAAACCUACAGAUUCAGUCUCUCUUUACCAAAUGUCAAACACUAGAAUCUCUACAUUGUGGUUUCUUACAAAUAACACAAAUUCCUUCAGUGCAUUUUGGAAGUCUAUGAAUUUUUCUGCAGUUUCACCACACGCUGAGCUCCUCCUAUAAACAGAUGGUUUCAUUUACGUUUACUGAUUGCAGCCAAAAGAGGCAAAAUAUCCAGUAUCUUACAAUAAAUUAUAAAAAAAUCUAUAGAAAUGCAUAAAUCACAUUCAAAAUAUUCAAAAGUAUUUACAGCAAAUUAGCAGAAAUCUGUUGGCACUUGAUCAACCCUUUCUAAUCCAAUAACCUGCUGCAGGGACUUUCUAUUCUCCUCACAAAGCCAGGUCUUGUUUUGGUUAAAAUUAAAUUUGUUUGUUCUUCCGGACAUAAUUCAAAAGCAUCAUGUGGAAGCUUAUUUAAGCAAACAGAAUACACUUUUAAUCAAGAUCCUUUCCGGUUGUUUUGCUCCCACUGACAGCAUAGAAGUCCGACCAGAAAAAGAACGUGUUUGCUUCAGGGCUUCCUGCUCUAAAACUUCUUUUCCCUGGGGACUGUGCCCUCACAACACAGCCCAGAAAACAGGCAUCAUUCUCACUAUGAGAAGUUAUUUUCUCAGUUAUUGUUCAAAGCAAAAUAGUCAUACAAUGCUGCCUCACGGGUUUGUGGAGGAGUUUUACCUGCAGUUUCAGUUGCAUGUAUUUGCAGUGUAACUCCUUGUUACUCCGUUUUUUUGUUUGUGUCAUUUUUUAAAGUUAUUUUUGGAGUAUUUUGCUUCUAUUGGAAAAGACAACUGACAGAAAACACAAAGACUUUAAAGCUGGGGGUGACGUACGGCAAAGGCAACCAGCAAACCCCACAACAGGGGGUUCUUGAUGUAUGAGUUGAGCACUUAAAACACCAAGUAAGACUGGUCCUCCAUCAGUAAAACCCGGGAUUUCCACCGCAUCUGGAAAGGUGGUGAUUUUCGCCAUAUGCCAAUUCCUAGCAGAUCCGUAAGUGAGGCAAAUUUCGUGGCAGAUUACAGACAGCGGGAAUUGUGAGAACUCAUAAGAAUCCGCGGCUUCACGAGCAAUCGCGCAAUAACAAGUUGUCUUUAGCCACAGAGGCUAACCAUACAAGCAGUAGAUACAAUCCGCCUGCAACACAGUGUUGUAUUUUGAAAAGAAGCCGGAUGUUUUUUUUGGGUCUAUGCCCAACUUCCUUUCCAGCAUGAGUUAAUCUAUGCUGAAUUUAUCUGGCAUGCUUUUUCUGACGUCCAGAAAAAAAUCGAACUCUUAAGAUCAGCUGCGGAGUCCGGCAAUCUGCAGCAGAACUGAAAGAAGCCGGUAGAAAUUGACACAUUGACUUGAAUGGUUACGAUCAGCUACAAAUGGCAGGUAUGGCCUUUUCGUAGCCGUUCUGGAUGCGGUGGAAAUUGGGGGUUAAUCCGCUGGAAGGACUUGAGCCAGUUUCACCAGCAGUAAAGUUAUCGUGGCCAGAAUGUAUCUUGAAAAAAUCAAUGGUCAACAAAAUAUGUUGUCAAUACAAAUAAUGAUUUAAUGUAUCCUUUUUAAGGACGUGGUGGACAGCCUACGAGAGGUGGUCUUCUUUACUCAGAUCCUCAUCCCCUUCGUCAUCCUGGUCUACUGCACGGUACACAUCGUCAACCGGCUCAGGAAGAAAACCGUCGGGGACAAGACCAAGCUGAAGAGAGCUGUGUUUCUGGUGACCUCCGUCAUGGUGGUCUUCUCCUUGUGCUUCCUCCCCUGCACCAUCGCCAGGAUGGUUCUGCUGAUCGCCCGGGUGCAGGAAUGGAGCGAGUCGUACCAGGAUAAAGCCGCUGUGGCUUUCGACGGCCUCAUGGUCCUAUCCUACAUGGACUGUCUGCUGGACCCGCUCAUCUACUGCUUCUGUAGCACCAAGUUCAAGGCGCUUUAUCUUUCGAGUUACUUCCCGUUCUUGGUGAGGGACGGUGCAGAGCCUCUUGACAGCUCAACAGGAAAUACAUCAAAUCCAAAACGCAACAAUAUGAUUUGAAAUUCACAGAAAACAGAGGAUAUGAACUGACAGAUACUAACUGUGAUGGACAAAGUGCCCCAGAACUGUAUAUAUUUUCAAAAAGGGGGCUCUGAAGAGGAAAGUGCUUUAACUGAGAUUAUUUAAAUGUUUUCUAUAGACUGUUGAAUAGAAUUCAUAAGGAGGUACAUUCUGUAUAUAAAUAGAGGGGGCAGUUACAAUUUUUAUAGACGGGUUGUUGUGUUGUAGAUAGUGCACAGUAGUAACUAAGUAUCAGCGUUGGUGAACUUUAUCACGAGAGACAUGAGUUUAUUUCUGAGGGGAAUGCCCUCAGCUCAAGUAUGCACAUCUGUUUCUCUGUUUAUCCCUGACAGAAACAUAAGUUAUGAGUGAGGACCAUGAAAAAUACUUUGAAGUGUGAAAAGCUGAGAAAGAUAAGAUCACACCACCAACUAUCAUCCAAAACUGAGAGAUCCAGACAGGAAAAUUAUCUUCUACUGACAACUUCUCUUCAACUUAGAUUCCUUCAGGACGAGAACAAAAAACUGACCUUUAAAAUAUUUGGACCUAUUACAUAAGAUUCAAUCCUACAGGCCCAUACAGGAAGCUGAAUAUUAAUGUUGAUUUAUUAUUGAAUUAUAUAACUGUUUAUUUUCUGAAUAAAGAGAGAUGAGGGAUCAUUUUAUAGAGCUUUUUCUGUCCUGCAUUAUUUCUUGUUAACUCAAUCUGUCAGUACAGGAGCACUUUAAGAGCUCACAUGUCUCCCAAGGUUCAAAGUUCACUAUCAUUUCAUUUUUGUGCGGUGUAUCUGGACGUUCACCAAAAUCUGGUAUGUUUUUCCACGGCCUGUGCGAAAAUUUUCCACAUAGUUUAAGUAAAAUACAGCAGUUAUUUUCCAACCUUAAUUUGGUAGAAGAAAAAAGGAGAAAAGUAAUAGUGGAAACAUUUACUCUGAGGUUGGGGUUGCAUGUUUCCGAAAACUGACAAUCAUUUUACCAGGGACCUUAUUUUUUCCUCAAGGUUCCAUCUGGAUCAAAAUGAUCUGGAUUACAAUAAUUUACUUAUUUGCAAUCCAGGAUCAGCUUCUCUAGUUAGAUUAUGUCCCAACUUCUCAAAGAAAAAGAGGAUUGGUUCGAUCUUGUAAAGAUACCACUGAAAACUCUUAAGCCUGAUUUAUACUCAGGCAUUGAAUCUGUGAUCAGUCAGCUACGCGGUAUCAUAUUUCCUCUAACAUUUCCAGCAUCGCUAUUAGCACAGCAGUUGAACCAACUGUUGCUCAACAUUGCCCAUGUACACAAACAAGCAGAGAACGUAGCAGAGCUGGGGACUGGUGAUAAGAUGAAUAAACUGCAUUGAGGUUUGCUACAGCUAGCUUCUUAGCAGCUGCUUCUUCUUCAUAUCCUCAUCCUAAACACACUUUAUUACCCUGUGUUUAUUUUUAGCAAGAUACCAGAAUUCCCUUUGAAAAAAAAAAAAAAAACAAAAAAACAAUGGCUAUUGUCAAAGCUUGUUCAGUUUGAAAGUCCUAGUUUAGAUGGUGUACUGCAGAGCGAUGUGUACAAGGCAGAGGCUGCUAUGGUCAUGCUAUGACUUGAAUAUAACCCAGGCUUUACAGUAGUCUAAGGGAGUCUACACCCUACAUACCUUGUCCACAGGUGGCACCACAAUCCAAACAAUGCAUAAGAUCCGGACAGUUACCUUACUCUAUGAACAGAAGCCUUAAAGUGAUGGGCCCUUAAUAAAAUGUCACACAGAGCAAAUGUAUUUAUUCUUUUAGAAGCCCAAAUGUCAACUCUAUACAUUAUGUUAUGGCAGCAUCCCAACAUCUCAGAGCAAAACAUUCACUUAAAUGCCCAAACGCCAUUUUUAAGCCUGUUUGAUAAAGAUUAAACAUCUGCAAAAUCGGAUAAACCUCAUUAUCCCAUACCAAAUUAAAAGUCUUGUAUCAAAGUCUUGAACAUGUAGAAUUCCCCUGAACUCCCUGUGAAACAUAAACUAUGAGUCAUGAUCGUGAGCAGCCUGAUCUCCUUUUUUCCCAGACUUCUUCUCAUAAAUCACCAGGAUGAUCAUCCCUCUCACCUUGAUGACUUCAUUAGCAGUCAGAACAAUGGCUCACUGUCUGCCUAUAAAUAGACGUCUUACUGUAACAGGUUAAAUCCCGGUGAAACAGCAGACUGUCACAUGAUUUCUUUUACUCACCUUUGAGUCCAAAACUCAUCAUAAAGAAAGUCAACGCCUUGUGUUUGUCACAGUGUUGUUCGAAAUGGCGCAACAAUACAAAGAGACAUUCGUUGUGGAAAAUUAUGCAACUUUUAUGUCGUGAGGCAUAAAAGAUAAUGAUUAACCACAAGUGAAAAAACAACUGAAACUCUUUUUAGCUCAGAGAAAUAGGCGACUUCCUGUGAGGGCUGAAUUAAAAACAGAAGAUACCCAGCUUAACUUUUUCGUUGAUUAAAAUUCCAAUAAGUGUGGACUUAAGGGUCAAAAAUAAGUCUACAUAUCCUAAUAUGGGGCUUCAAUUAGGCAUUUGCUACUUCCACAAAUGCAAGCUUUGACCUUUACUCAAUGUUUGUUUCUGCAAAUGUCAUCUGCCAACUGACAGUGUGUAAGUGUCUGAAAACACACAAAAGUGUUUGAACAGUGAAGGGAGGGACACGUGCUUAACGGUCACAAAUAAGUAUGAACUGAAAUAAGACAAACACUGCGACUGGUCCUGACCUUACUGACCCAAAUCUGAGUCUUUUCUUUUAAAUUGAAGUAUGUCUAAAAAAGAAAAAAGAAAAAAGGAUGCAGAAUUUUUGUACGCCAACAUAAUGUACAUUCACAGUUAAUGGAUAGGAGGCUCAUUUAUAAAGCAUGUGUGCCCCCUGAGGCUCGCUCACAACCUCAGUGCCAGGGGGGAUAAAAGACAUAGUGAUCGCUCAAAAUAAGAGGUGCAGUUAUUGAAUAAGUGGAGUAAAACAACAAUAUAAAAAAGAAAAUUGCUGCACAAAAGGGAACCAUUUCAUUUGCAUAAAUUUGACUCAUGCAGAGCUGUCCAAUCAAAGUCUGCAUCAGUGUUUGUGCAUCAACGCUUACUGCAAACAUGUGCUUUAUAUCUGUCUGUCGACGCUUUAAUUACAAAAAUGAGUACAGGAUUAAAUUGAGUACGUGUAUAAUAAAUUUACCUUUGCUUAUUUGCUUAAAAGGAGCUUUUUUAUUGAUGUGUUAGAGAAUGAAACAUCAUCUGAACUUUUACUUACAGCAUUUAUCAGAAAACUUGUGUUGUGUUUGUAAAACUUUGGUCAUAAUUCUGUUUUAGAUUUUAUUUCCUGGUUUGUUUGAUUUUUUUAUUGAUGCCCCAGUAUAUGCUUUAGAUAUCAUACCCCAAAGUCACAGUAACACUGAUGUGAAGGUGUUAACAGCAGUUUCCUGUUUUUCCAUUUUGCUGAAAGAAAUGUAAA